AUGCCUCCUUAUGAAGCUUUAUAUGGGAGAAAAUGUAGAACGCCUCUUUGUUGGAAUGAGGUUGGUGAAAGAAAAUUUGUGGGUCCUGAGAUUGUGCAACAAACUGAAGAUAAGGUAAAAAUCAUCAAGGAUCGUUUGAAAAUUUCUUCAGACAGACAAAAGUCAUAUGCUGAUCUUAAAAGGCAUGAAAUUGAGCAUCAGGUGGGCGAUAAGGUAUUUUUAAAGGUUUCUCCAUGGAAGAAGAUCAUAAGAUUUGGCCAAAAAGAUAAACUUAGCCCUCGAUUCAUUGGAGCUUAUGAAACACUUAAGAGAAUUGGUCCAGUUGCAUAUAAGCUAGCUUUGCCACCUGAAUUAGAUCCAUCUCAUGUUCUUCCUAUUGAGUCUAUUGAGGUUAAUCCUGAUUUGACAUAUGAAGAAGAACCAAUCCAAAUCUUAGCGCGUGAGAUAAAAGAGCUUAGAAAUAAGAGAAUAUCAUUAGUGAAAGUUCUUUGGAGAAAUCAUUCAGGCGAAGAAGCUACCUGGGAGCGAGAAGAGGAUAUGCGAGUUCAAUAUCCACAUUUGUUUCGGGACUAG